AUGAAAUAAAAUACAGAUAACGACAACUACUCAGUUGAUGGUAUCAAUUUACAUUACUCAUUGUUAGGUUGGAAUUUCGAUGAACAGUCCAAUUUCAUUAAAUACACUAAAUUUGUUAUUCCCUUCGCUAUCCUCAUCAACAUUUAUCUUAUAGUGAUUACAUUCCUUUAUAAGACCAUCUAUCCACCAUACUUCUAUGAGAUAUUACUUUACACCUCCAUCUAUGGGAUAACUCUGUCGAUCUUCAAUCUAUUUUGGAAAUAAGAAAGUAUUAUUAUCAUUGUAAACCCUUAGAGGACACGGUAAUUAGACAACUAUCUUUUGUUUUAAAUGGCUUAAUGAUCAUUCUGGCCAUCUCCUUGAUGAUAUUCUUUAUUGCCUCAUUCGAAGCUGAUUACAAUUAUAAAAUUGGUGAGAAUUCCAGUUAUAUCAAUCAAAUUCAAGAAUGGCAACAAUUUACACUCCUAUUCCGAUCAAUCCUAUUGGCUUUUUCCCUACUUUUAAUAUCGUAUUUUUACAUCACCUAUAGUCUCUAUCUUUGUUAAGAUUAGCAGAAUCUCAUGAUAGCUUUGCAUAUAUACAAUACACUGUUUUUCAUUACUGGAAUUGCAAUCAAUCACUAUUCAAAACUAGUUGGAUUCCAAUUAAUAUUAUUGCUCUUAUUAAUCUGCACCAGUGCAUUAGUCUAUAGUGCUAAUCUGAAAAAGAUUAAGGUGGCUUACUUUACUAUUGGAGCUAUUUUAUUGUUUUAUUUGGUACUCAAUCAAUACAAACACUUUUCAAAUGUCAGACAGGCCAAAUAAAAUAAGGUAUCAGUCUUAAAUGAUUGCUCAGCUCAUUUAAGAAAUCUACACAUGGACUUCUUAUUUGCCAAUACUAAUUGUUAAAAGUAUUAAGAAACUACAUCCUGUAAUGAUGAUGAAAAAGCUUUCAUGUGGGAAAUGGAUUCCAAAAUACCUAUUUCUUAGAGAGAUACAAAGUUAGGAUGUCUGAAUCUAAACUGUUGCGGAAUAGUGGCUGACAGAUCUAAAUUCAAAUUGAAUGUUAUCACCUUAGUUCAUUAGUUAAUUGGUUUUGCUACUCUGACACUUAUCUUGUACAUAUCAUAGAAACCUCCAUUGUUGAAUACCGAAAUUAAAAUCUAUGAUUUCGUUUUUGGAACUAUUCAGCUAUUUCUAAUCAUUAUUACAAUCUUCUUAUUCAGUAAAGAAAUCAAUUAGGAUAUCAAUAAAUUUAAUUCACUUUCAACUUCUAAAUACUUGGAUAUCCCUAAAGGAUGUAGUCAAAUCAAGAAUUUUGUUACUCUUAACUGUUCAUUUAUGUACUGUGAUAACAUUGAGUUAACACUUAAAACAGAUUUUCCGAUGAAUUAUUAUAGAUUAAGUAAUUCAAAAGACUUUUAUGUUGAUGAUUCAAAUUUCACAGAAUUAAAAUUUAUAGGUAAAUUUGAUGCCAUCUAAAAUUACAUCUAUUCAAAUGUAUUUAAAUAUUUCUAUUUAGAUUUAUAUGUGUGUUACUAGUAGAACAGUUAACAUUGACUUUACAAUUAAAAAAUAGACCAGAUUACUUGAAGAAAUUAGUUAAACUAAUCUGAUUUAGAAUUAAGACAUACUUAAAUCACUCUAAUCAGUUAGAUUUUGGAAAUUAGACUUUUAACUAAAUAUUGAUUAAAAUUACACUAUCAAAUUAAUUAAUCCAAUCACCAAUACUGAAUAUGUGUAGAUUCAAAAUUAGAAUACUCUAAAUUUUGUAUAAGAAUAAUCCUACAUAUUAAUAAUUUAAUCAAAAGGGUACAUUCCUAAUGAAUAAAACAUAUUUAUUAACUAGAACAUGUCAUUGAAUAUAAAUCUAAUCAAAUAAUAGAAAUAACUAACAAUUAUUUUACAAGGAUCUAAAUAAUCAAUGUUAGGUACAACAUUCGCCACCAGUAUUUACAAAUAAUACACAACAACCAAAUGGAUUGGAUCUAAUAAUUACAUGAAUCUAGAAUAUGUUGAUGAUAAAACCUAAUUAAUAACAGUAGAUGAGGUUGACUAUCCUAUUUUGGUAUUUGUUAUGAAUCCAAAUUACGAUGCACUAUUAUCAAUUUAUGAUGAAGAUAGACUAUUAUACAAAUCAUACACUAACCAAUAAAACAACACUUAAUAGGUUUUAUGUUUAUAGGGCAAUAGUAUAAGUUAUUUAAAAUCACAAACAACAACUAAAUUAUUGCCUAAUAGUCUUAUAUGUUAAUGA